GAAACAAUGAAAAGCUAUACCGGUGUCUAUUUUAACGUUUCGCGCUAAGAGGUGCGGACGCGUGCAUCAGGAAAAAUAAUAUCAUUAAUAUUGUUACUUAAUUGCCGUUUAGUUUAUUGAAACAUGAAGCAACUAUGUACAUAAAUUACAAAUAAGUAUAAAACGUAUUCAUAUUAACAUUACAAGUGUUAAAGAACAAUGACUAACGGAACACAUGUUGUUAAUGUCAUUGGAAAUAUUACAAACGAAAAACUCAAGAAUUCCUCAGUAGUGCAGUGGUGGAACGUGCAAUGGAAACCAAUUCUUGCCGAGUUCGUAUCAACGUUUUUACUAAUUUUCCUUGGAUGCAUGUCAUGUAUUCCCCUAGACGGAUUAGCAGGUCAGCAAUCUCUCUAUGUGUCUAUUGGAUUCGGACUGAUAGUUCUAUUCAAUAUCACUGCUUUUGGCCACAUAUCUGGAGCGCAUAUGAAUCCUUCGGUUACUCUAACAGCCAUGAUUUGGGGUAAAACUUCUAUUGGCCUUGGAAUCGGAUACGUUAUUGCUCAAUGUCUCGGUUCGAUCGUAGGAUACGGGCUAUUAAUUAUAGUAUCGCCCCUUGAUUUAAUACCGGGAGCAAUCUGUGCCACUCAGCCUCGUGUAGACAUGCAUCCGUACCAGGCACUUAUCGUUGAGAUAAUUUUAUCAUCGGCUUUGGGUUUCAUUAACUGUGCCGUAUGGGAUCCGAUAAAUAAAGAUAAAGAUGAGGCAAAUUCCUUGAAAUUUGGUUUUACUAUUGCCGCGUUUUCAAUUGCUGGUGGACCUUUGACUGGAGCAAGUAUGAAUCCAGCGAGAACAUUAGGUCCCUCCUUAUGGACUAACAAUUGGAAUGCGCACUGGGUGUACUGGGUUGGACCACUCAUAGGGGGUGCGUUUGCUGGUGUAUUUUAUAAAUUAAUUUGGUUCAAACGUGAAAAGGAUGGGCUAUAAUAGUCAAUAAGAUUUCGUACUUUUCUGCUCGAAUAAACAAUUCGACAAGAUCUAUGGUUCCUCUAAAGACGCUCGCUUUGUUAGCCCCGCAAGUGGCUAGGCAUGUGACUGGACUUGAGGUUAGACGUGUAACGAAUACAUGUUUAUACGAAGAAGGAAAACAUCUCGAGGAAACUAACUAGUUCUAGACAGGUAAAUCGACAGCGUGUGUCAGUCUUAAGGCUAACUCUACUUGCUUUUGUGGCUAAGAUGAGGUUGUGCGAGAAAUUACAAAAAUUCGUUUUGGUACCACAACUUAUGUAGUACUAAAAUUAACAAGUGCAUAAGACUUUUUCAUACGUGAGACUUCAUAUCAGCAUUCUAUCUAUGAAGACCUAUUUUUAUAUAAGGGAUUGAAAUAAGCUUACGGGUCGCCCAAAAAGGCCAUGAACACCCAUUUAAGUGAGUGCGUUGACUUUCUUAUGAAAUAAUUUUAUAAUUCAGCUGGUAAGAGAACCGCCGAAAUACAGGAACUGAAUAAAUAAACCAUUCAACUAAGCAAACGAACAGUUUGUAGAUACAUUGUUUCUAAGUUUCAAGUACAUAGUCGUGUUGAUAACUAACGAAGCUAGUGUUGCGGCCGACAUAAUUAAAUUAAAUUCUGGCACUUUAAGUAAGCACUAGUUUCAUCGAAUAAACGAAUAAAAAUGAGUAGAUCGGAAUAACUUUUAAACCGAAAGGAAAAAGAAGGUUCAUCAGGAUCAGUUUGACUUGUAUAUGAUAUUGUUGAACUUAGAUGAGUAUUAUGGUCCAUUUACUCAUACUAUUUAUUGCUUCCAAGCAUGUGUUAAAUUUUGUAUGUAGGUCUAUCCACAAAUUUCUCGCAUACAAAAUUUAUAGCAAGACGCUUGUGCGACUCCCAUCCUUCAGGUCGUAGAUUGGAUUGUCGGCUGUGCACUAAUAGUCUUUCUGUCUAUUUAACACUUAUUCGUUCCUACGAUAAAGGGGAACAUCACGAGGAAAGAGGCAUGAUUUAAAAAAGAUGUUGAUUUUAAAAAGUUGACGGCGUGUGACAGCGACACUUGGCUGGGCUUGGCUUACUUGGGCCAUAAACAAAUCCAGUAUGAAAAAAAAUAGUAUCAGAGAUCAAAGCCUUAAUUUGUACUGAUAACUAGAUAUUUUAAUUAUUAACUGUCCACAAGAGACUACAAAAUCGACAGAGAAGAUAAAAUGUGUAUUUUGGCUAAAUAAAACUAAAUUAAAAAACUAUGUAUUUCUUAUAAUCAAACAAUCUCGCUGUUAUUAUACAUGUGUUACUUCACAUUAAAAACGAAAUAAAAAAAUAGUUUGCAUGCAAGAUACACAACUAAGCCUCCUUAAGUAAAAUAUUUGGUUCGUUUCGAUUCCAAGAAAGAUCUGAAUGAAUGAAUCUUAAAUGCGUAUAUAUUUUUAUUUUUGCCGACCAUUUAUUGAAUAUUUCGCAUAGUUGGAUCUUCUGUAAAUUUCUAUACCUUUAUAUAUAUUUUUUAAACAUGACAUAAGAGAAUCAUGAUCAGGUACGUCUUUACCGAUUGCGACCAAAUUGAUACAUAGCUUAUUGAUGCAACCACCUACUCCGUAAGGAGCACCUUUGCCAUGACCUUACUCACUGUAGUAACAUUUAUACUGUUGACAUU